CCGCCCUCGACGGAGCGGAGCGAGCCCUAUUCUCCUCGCUUGGGGGUCAGCGGGGGACGGCGCUGCUGCUGCUGCUGCCACUUCCAGCGCGAGCAGCGGCUGAAAAAAUGGUGGGCCGGAGUGGCGCGAUUGCUGCCGGCGUGUGCGGUGCUCUCUUCAUUGGCUACUGUAUUUACUUUGACCGCAAGAGACGGAGCGACCCUAACUUCAAGAACCGGCUCCGAGAACGAAGAAAGAAACAGAAGCUUGCUAAAGAGAGAGCUGGGCUUUCCAAGUUACCUGACCUUAAAGAUGCAGAAGCUGUUCAGAAGUUCUUCCUUGAAGAAAUACAGCUUGGUGAGGAAUUACUAGCUCAAGGUGAAUAUGAAAAGGGUGUUGACCACUUGACAAAUGCAAUUGCUGUCUGUGGGCAGCCACAGCAAUUGUUGCAAGUUUUACAGCAAACUCUUCCACCACCAGUGUUCCAGAUGCUUCUGACUAAGUUGCCUACAAUUAGCCAGAGAAUUGUGAGUGUACAGAGCUUGGCAGAAGAUGAUGUGGAAUGAGAAACAUGUCAACAUAAUAAAAUCCUAAUAAAAAAUUUUAAAUAAUUCUUAGCCCAGAAGAUGAGCAGCAAUGGGGGAAAAAGGGCAAACAUGCUAGUUAUGGACUAUGUAUUACACUGAAAAUCUACCAAAGUUAAUUCUAACUUUGUGUAGGUAGGUUUGCUUGGAUUUUAUUUAUUUAUCUUAGUAAGAAGUGUAUUUUGAUAAAAAAAAACAAAUUUCAUUUUAUAAAUACACUAUGAAUUAUCUAAAUAUCACUAAUUUCAUUUAUUACUAAAAUAUGCAGUUGUAAUAUACAUGACACUCCUACAUGUUAAAAUACCCAGUGCUCAUUUUUUGACAAAGGCAAUAAAAAGAAUUCUGUACUCUGUGUUACAGAGCUAAAGGGUGGAUUUGGUUUAUCCUAGUAAAUUUUGCAGUAUAUUAGAAAACUAAUUUUUUUUUAAUUCACCAAAGCUGUGAAGUCACUGGAUAGAAAGUAUUUCCCAUUCAUAAAGAUAAUCAUGGAUACAUUUAGGAGAUAGUUUAUUUUUUGUGUAUAGGGCAAUAGCUAUUAAUCACCUUAAAAAAAAAAAAAAACCUUUAAAAGUUUAAUUAAAACAAGCGUAAGAGUCCUGGAUAUUUAUUUUGCAAUUCAUUUAGUGGAAAGAGCACUGUACUAGUAACAAUCAGGAAAUUAAUGUUCUAGUUCUGUUCUCCCAUUAACAUAUACUGUGAUUGAUAUAGGAUAAGUUACAGGCUCCUUUAUCACAAGAACCCCUGUAAAAUGAGAGGUUUGUAUUAAAUAAUCUCUGAACUCCAUUUCAGUUCUAUGAUUAUUUUCCUCAUUGUCAAAGCCACUUAGUUAUAUAUUUUUCCAGUCACACAUAUUAUUGCAUAUUCCAAACUGGUUCCCUUGGCCUUUUACCUACUUAAUUUUUCUUUUUUGUUUUAAAAAUCAGUUGUGAAGAAAAAAAUUUCUGGUAAUUGGCUAUCUAAAAGUAAAGUUGAUUAUCUCAGGAUAUUGUGAAUUUCCCCAUCAUGGGAAGUCUUUAAAUUAGAGACCAUGACCUUGGAAUUCCUUUUCAGGUAUGAGUUGGAUUGGAUGAUUUAAAAGGUGAAAUACUUUCAACCCUAUUACUGGAUUCAUUUUAGCAUAAGUUUAACUUUCCCCUAACUCCUUCCUUGCACUUAUUUCCACCGUUUUGGUUCAUUUCUCCUCUACACUUCCAAAUCUUUGGUUCAUUUAUCUUGAACUUCGAGACUACAGUAUUUGACAUCAUAGAUGAAAGCUUUUUCAGAGAAGGGAUUGAGCUGAUUAAAUUCCUCUUCUAUAGAUAGGCAAACCAGUUUGAAAACUAGAGCCUUCUACUUGGUAUAUAUUGGGAUAUUCUAUACUGAAUAUUUGCCUAGGCCUUUUUGAACUGCACAGUGAUAACCCCCCACCCACAGUAAUUUAUUAUGACCUGUUUAUAAAAAAUAUCUGUUUAAAAACAAAUAUGUUCUCUUUAGUAACAUUGAAAUUUUGGUUUCUGUAAUCUGUAGUUUUUGAUCCCUUAAGAAAUGAGAACCUUAAAGUGAUUGGGGACCAAAAAUGGGGGUGGAGAAAAGGCCAUUGUGCCAAGGGAAUAAAGCUUUUGUAGAGCUCUGCAGAUAAUUAGGGUAAGAAGAUUGCUUCUGUGAGAACUAAGACAAGGAAAUCACAAAGUGCAAGCUUCUUUGGGAGAGAUGAGGUAUCACAGAAAAUGUAGCGUGGAGCUGACCAUUUAAACAUUAAAGGGAAAUAAGAAAAGUCGUGGAGAAAUUCUAAGUUACACAAAAAUAUUGCUGCUCUGUGGUUGUUGAGUUUGUCAGGAAUUCCCUACAGUGGUAAAAUCUGAGAUCUGGAGGGAAAAACUUAACCACCACCCUAUAUUACAAGCCAUCUACACAAUAAAACAAAAGGAAGGCAAGAGUGCAAUAAACUUGGAUACAGGAAAGUAAUGGAUUUAUCCAUGUUGUGACAUCAAGGCUCAGUAAAGACGGUUUUUUGCAUUUACUAUUUCUAGUCCUAAAAAAAAUAAAGAUUAAAUUGG